GAAGUGUAGAGAGGGAGGAAAUUGAGAGACUUUUUUGUGAUGUGAGCAGUGCGAAAGAGUAGUUGGAUUUCUCUUCCAAUCUUUAUAACAACCCAUUUCUCUCUCUCUCUCUCUCUCUCUCUCUCUCUUUCUUUCUCUACAAUUCAGAAACCCUAGCUAGCUGUGGCUCAAAUGGGCUCUGAGGGAUCCAGUGUUGUCGUUCCUAGGAAUUUCAGAUUACUAGAAGAGCUCGAGAGAGGUGAAAAAGGAAUUGGGGAUGGAACUGUCAGCUAUGGAAUGGAUGAUGCGGAUGAUAUCUAUAUGCAAUCAUGGACAGGGACUAUUAUUGGUCCCCCAAAUACUGUUCAUGAAGGGAGAAUCUACCAGUUGAAACUGUUUUGUGGGAAGGAUUAUCCAGAUAACCCACCAACUGUUAGGUUCCAAACCCGGAUAAACAUGACUUGUAUCAAUCAGGAAACUGGAGUGGUUGAACCUAGCCUAUUUCCAAUGCUUGCUAAUUGGCAAAGGGAGCAUACAAUGGAGGAUAUAUUGACUCAACUAAAGAAAGAAAUGAUGUCUCCCCAAAAUCGGAAGCUAGCUCAGCCUCCUGAAGGAAAUGAAGAGGGAAGGACGGAUCAAAAGGGUCUGGUGCUGAAAUGUUGUAUUAUGUGAGUCAGGUGAGGUAUGAAUGAAUAUGAUAAUGUAAAUAAAUAUAUACAUCGGAUGAAUACCUAUUCAUAGGGCACUGCAUUUGAAAAUGUAAUGAAGGACCACUCUCAUAUGGAACCUACCUAUUCAUGGGCCAAUGCAUUUGAAAAUGUAAUUAAGGACCGCUCACAUAUGGAACCUUGAGCGGUUCGAGAGAUUGUCAUGUCUUCCCAUUUUCUCUGAUAUUGCAUUUUUGUAAUGUAACUUAGGACUGUUUCCUGCUGGAAGCCUGGAAACCUUGAAUUGUCAAUCUAUGAGUCCCCUUAUCAUUAAUCAUCUCUCUCUCUCUCCCUUUGGGUUGCCUAUGAUGCCACAUAAAAUUGCACUUUUAGAGCUUGAUGUAAGCCUUCAAGGCAUGUGUGUGUGUGGGGUCUAUGAUACCGCAUAGAAUUGAACUUUGUUUAUCAAAAAACAUAGAAUUGUACUUUUAGAGCUUGAUGUAGCCUUCAAGGCAUAUGGGGGUGUGUGGUCUAUGAUACCACAUGGAAUUGUACUUUUAGAUCUUGAUGUAGCCUUCAAGGCCUUGUGCAUGAGGUAGCUUUCAUAACACAGUUGUAACACUUUUUUCCCCCUAAAUCAACGUGAUUAUCUGAUUUUAA